UAUGCUUCUACUGCUACUGACUACCUAUCCGUGAUUUCGUUUUGUUCCCAGUCAACUUGGUCGAGCACCCCGGGUCGAGUACUCACUCACAUAUUUAUCAUGCAUACCUAUGUACCAUACAUGCACUUCCUUGCAUUUUUUUUUCCUUCUUGUUUUGUUAUUAUUUGCUUUUCAUUGCUGCUGCUGCUGUUGCUGCUGCUGUAUUAUAGCCGGCGUUUAUGGUUCAAAAGGAACGAAAGGAAGGGAGGCAGGCAGGCAGGCAGGCGCUUUAGUUAUGCUAUUUGGCCAACACACAUUUAUCGGGAAAGGGAGUAUGGGGGGGGCAAGGUUUGAGGUUUCGAGGUUUGAGGUCAAUAGGUAGGUACAUAGCUAGGUAAUAGCUAAUAGCUAAGCAAGAUAGAUGAAUAUUGGAAGAUUGGUAGGUUAGAUAGGUACCUACCUAACCUGACCUACA